AUGCUGCUGCAUCGUAUGUCAGAAGAAUUGCAGCCAAGGAAGACUUCUGGAAUCGUGUGCUGGUGGGAUCACCCCCUGCAGAGUGCAAGGGCCUCUCCACACGCUCCAUCAGCUACUGGAUCGGAAUCUUCAACAGAUGGCAAGCGCUGGGAUCCUGGAAGCCCGGGAGCGCACCCAGGUUCCUGGACGCGUACGAGUUGCAGGAGCUGCUGGGUGUUCCCAUGCCGAAAGCCCUGGAGUGGGUGA